AAUUAAUUACUUUGUAAAUAUUAUGUUAUCUAGUAAAUUAUAGGUAUAUAAAGCUUACAAUACUACGUUUGUAGCAGAAUAUUGUUAACAUGGCGAACGCCAACCCAACCAACUUGGUUCAACUCUACACGGAGUUAAAUAAGUUUAUUAAUAUCUCUGAUUAUAAGCAAGCGUUGAAAGCUGCGAAUAAAAUCAUCCACAGCAAGGAAGGGAAAGAAGAUGUUGAAGCCAUGCAUUGUAAAGUGGUUUGUAUGAUGCAAAUGAACCAAUUCAGUGAAGCUACUAAGUUCAUUGACGCAACUGCCGAGAUUAAAGAUGUGCUCGUAUUUGAGAAAGCAUAUUGCCAGUAUCGGUUGCUACAUACAGAAGAAGCUUUGGAAACAAUCAGUCAAGUGAAAGAUCCAGACCCGAGGCUGUUGGAACUUAAAGCACAAGUUUUGUACAAGCUGGGUCAGUACAGCGAAGCGUUGAUUGUUUACAAGAACUUGAUCAAGGAAUGUUCGGACGAUUAUGAAGAGGAACGGAUGACGAAUAUAUCGGCCGUGCAUGCUGCGCUGUCCUCGUUUGAUGGAGUGAAGACAGAGAUGGGCUUCCCGAUCGAAACGUACGAACAGCUUUACAACAAGGGUUGUUGGUUAUUGGGGCAAGAUAAAGUGGAAGAAGGGAGGGUUACGUUGGUUGAAGCCGAGAGGGUUUGUCGAGAGAUGUUCGAAGAUGAUCCGGAUGUGGCUGAAGAUGAGGUUGAUGGCGAGGUGUCUGUUAUAAGAGUACAACUCGCAUACGCUUUACAACUCCAGGGAAAAACGGACGAAGCGUUGACGAUUUACAACCAAGUGAUUCGGUUACGACCAACUGACAUCGCAUUGGUUGCUGUUGCAUCAAACAAUAUCAUCAGCAUUAAUAGGGAACAAAAUGUUUUUGACUCUCGCAAGAAAAUGAAAGCAACCGUUGCUCCGGGGCUCGAUAACAAGUUGGUUCCGUUCCAGAAGAAGAAAAUCAAUUUCAACCGAGCAUUGCUGUUCAUGUAUUCAAACCAGUGGGAGGCGUGUCGCAAACUACUAAAGUCUCUCCACCGCGAACACACCGACACCAACAUCCCGUGUUUGAUUCAAACGGCUCAGAUUGGUCGCGAGAAAGGAGCAAAUAAAGCUGUGGAGUAUUUAAAGACGUACAUCAGCGAACACAGCGACCCUGACCUUUCACCUGAAGUUGACCUCACCGAUGUAAAGUUGUGUCUUGUACAACUUCUGAUGGGGUCGGGAAAUUUAAGUGAAGCAUGCGAGGUCCUUGAAAGUUUGGGUUCGUUAAGUUACACGCCAGCAUUAGUGUCGUGCCUGGUUUCAUUGUAUGGUGCCCAACAUGAAGGGGAGGGGAAAGCGACGAAGCUAAUGCAACGUGCCAUACAGUGGCAUAAGAAGAAUAAGAGCCCGCCAUCGAUUAUGACAUCACUGAUGUGGGAGGCAUCGGAAUAUUCGCUCAAGCAUAACGAUCCGAAAUCAGCAGCGAGCGUUCUGGAGGAACUUCUAAGUUUGGAUCCAAAGAACGUGAAGGUUUUGGCGAAACUAAUUUUCGCAUAUUCGCGAUUCAACCCAAGCAAGGCUCAUCAAGCAAGCGAGGAUCUCCCAUCGUUGUCCGAUCUGUCCGUGCAUGUUGACGUUGAUGACCUGGAACGAAACGCGUCGCGUAUUACACCUCGGUACGUGAAGAAACAGAAAGAGAAAGAUGUUGUGGAGGUUAAUGUGGCGACCUCGCUUGUUUCGGAAGGAACAUCAAACAUAGAAAUAAUAAAAACAAAGAAAAGAAAGAAGAAGAAGAAUCCGAAGCCACAGAAUUUUCGUGAGAAUUACACCCCAGAUGACGAGAGAUGGUUGCCCCUUCGUGAAAGAUCAUACUACAAGGGACGAAGAAAAGAUCGCAAGAAAGGAGGGGUUGGUAAAGGAACACAAGGUGGCGCCAACACGGGGGUCGCGGAUGUUUACGAUAUGUCGCACAAGACUUCAGCAGCCGUUGCCCCAAACUCACCCAAACCUGGGUCCACUGGGUCGGGUAGUCACGGCAACACCCCUAUAAAUUCCCCCAAGCCCACCCACGUUAAAGGGGUGAAGGGCAAGAAAUCCGGGGGCGGGGGUAAGAAGAAGAAGAAGGGUAAAGGGGGCUGGUAGUUCCCCCUGAGCGGAAAUCAUAUUUGACGUUUUAUUUGCAAUGGAAAUAAGGAAUAAAUAUUUGCGGAGAUUCGGA